AUGUCGGUGGAUCCCAUGAUCUACGAGGCGCAGUUCUUCGGGUUCACGCCGCAGACCUGCAUGCUGCGCGUCUACACCGCCUUCCAGGACUACCUGUUCGAGAUGAUGCUGGUGGUGGAGGGCGUGAUGCUGAAGAAGCUGGACGGCAUUCCCGGCUGCAAAAUCAGCCCUUCCAAGAUCCGCAAAUGCACCGAGAAAUUCCUGCUCUUCAUGAAGGAGCACUUCGAUAAGCUGUUCUCUAAAAUGGAAGAAGUGCUGCUGCAGCUGGUGCUGAACAUCCCCAAGAACGUGCUGCUGCCCGAGGACAAGGUGCAGGAGCAGUAUCCCUACAGCGAGGAGGAAUUCCAGGCGCUGCAGGAUGAGCUGCAGCAGCUGCAGCAGCAGUGCAGGGCAGAGGCGGUGCUGGAGCAGGAGCUGCUAGCAGAGCUGGAGGAGCAGAAGGUUGUCAAGGCCGAGCUGGAGAAGAUUUUGCAGUGCUUUGAUGGGCUUGAGAACAUCUGCAGGGAGCACGGAGCCGGCAACUUCAAGGAAAGCUUUGCCCUCCUGACACAGAGCUCUAAGAAAUUGCAGUAUGUGCUGAAAGAAGUUGAGGAGAAGAGCAAAAAAAUGAACCAGCAUGAUCAGUUAAUGUAA